UGGCCAAUUCACACUUUCUUCCGGACUAUAUAAUGAACUUGCAACCUUCAACAAAUCAUCAGAAUUUCGUGGCUUCCAACAUUUUACCAUCAUGCUAUCUUCUUACAUCUUGAAACUCACUACUCUUCUCACUCUUGUCUUGUUCAUUUCUUUGGCCCAUGGAGCCACUGCUAACAAAAAGCAUUAUAUAGUUUACAUGGGGCAUCAUUCGCACUCGAACUCCCAAUCCGUCGUCAGAGCCAACCAUGAGAUUCUUGCUUCAGUCACUGGAAGCGUUGAUGGAGCACAAGAAGCAACACUUCACCAUUACAGUAAAAGUUUCCAGGGCUUCUCAGCCAGGCUUACACCACAGCAAGCUCAACAGCUUUCAGAAAACGAUGCGGUUAUCUCUGUGUUUGAGAGCAGAAUAAACCGACUGCGCACAACACAUUCCUGGGAUUUUCUAGGCAUAGACUCCAUUCCCCAGUACAAUCAAAUGCCAAUGGAUUCAAAAUCCAAUGUUAUUGUUGGUGUGAUUGACUCUGGAGUUUGGCCGGAGUCAGAGAGCUUCAGUGAUGCAGGAUUAGGGCCUGUGCCAGAGAAAUUCAAAGGAGAGUGUGUUACCGGUCAGAACUUUACAUCUGCCAACUGCAACAGGAAAAUCAUAGGCUCCCGCUUCUAUUUUGAAGGAUUCGAAGCAGAGACUGGGCCUCUUGAGUCCAAUGCACCUCUUCCCUUCUUCCGAUCAGCUCGAGAUAGUGAUGGACAUGGCACUCACACUGCCUCAACAAUAGCUGGAUCUAAGGUACCUAAUGCCAGCUUCUUUGGGAUGGCCAGAGGCACUGCCAGAGGCGGUGCGCCUAGCACCAGACUUGCUAUCUACAAGGCUUGUUGGUUUGGCUUCUGUAGUGAUGCAGAUGUUCUUGCCGCUAUGGAUGAUGCAAUUUAUGAUGGUGUCGAUAUUCUCUCCCUUUCCCUUGGCCCUGAUCCUCCGCAGCCAACUUAUUUUGAAAACGCACUCUCCAUUGGGGCUUUCCAUGCAUUCCAGAAAGGAGUACUUGUUUCUGCAUCAGCUGGAAACUCUGGUUUUCCAAGUACUGCAUGCAAUGUUGCUCCCUGGAUUCUCACAGUUGCUGCAAGCACAUUGGAUAGAGAAUUUCAUUCAAACGUAUAUCUGGGAAAUUCAAGAAUUUUAAAGGGUUCCUCACUAAACCCACUGAAAAUGGAAAGAUCAUAUGGUUUGAUAGCUGCAAGUGCUGCAGCUGCCUCGGGAGUUGCAACAAAGAAUGCAAGGUAG